AUGCAGAUGAAGCUCUCACGCCACGCUAGCGCGAUCAUAAUUUUCUGCGUUGCGUCUCUCGUGUCCCUGGUGAAUGCUCAGGGUGGAAACGAGUCUACAAUUUAUGAGACCCAAUUCGAAAAUGUCACCUGGGACGCAACCAACUGGGUUCUGACCACGAACAACCUUGAUCAAGGACAUUACCAAUCUCGUGGUAUCGUUGCCAAUGGAUACAUCGGAAUCAAUGUAGCGUCUCUGGGUCCCUUCUUCGAAUUUGACGUUCAAGUGGAUGGCGACAAUGUUCAAGGCUGGCCAUUGCAGAAUCGGCGCCAGAGUUUUGCAACUGUUGGUGGAUUCUGGGAUUCUCAACCUACCACGAACCGCACCAAUUUCGAGUGGCUAUAUCAGUAUGGAGGAGAUUCUGUUAUCAGUGGCAUCCCACACUGGAGUGCGAUUGUAAUCGACCUUGGGGGCGAAAACUUCCUAGCUGCAUCUACGAAUGCAUCCACCGUUCGCAACUUUGAGUCAAGCUAUGACUUCAAGCGAGGCUUGUUGAGCUGGACUUAUACUUGGUCUCCCAGCGGGGCAGGAUCCUUCAAUGUUUCUUAUCAACUCUUCACACACAAGCUCAACAUCAACCAAGCAUUUGUGACCCUUAAUGUCACAGCUGAGGAGACAACGAACCUGACUGUUGCUAAUGUGUUGAAUGGCGAUGCUGCAGUGCGAUCUACACCAGCGGAGAAGGGUGUUGAUGCCGGGAUCAUCUUCACAUCAGUCAAACCGAAUGGCGUCAACAAUGUAACAGCAUUUAUCUAUGCUGGGUUGAAUGUUACUGGGGCCACAGUCCGCAAUACUCAGCAGGCGACAUGGGAUCGACCAUAUGUGGGCAACAAUGAAUCUUCGGUGGCCACGGGCAUCAAUGUCACACUGGAGGCUGGCCAAACAGCUACAUUCACUAAAUUUGUGGGUAUUGCGUCGUCUGAUGGAUAUGCUUCACCCAGAGAUGUGGCGCGAGAUGCAGCUUUAAACGCCAGACAAGUUGGUUAUAGUGCUUCGCUCGAAACACACGUACAAGAGUGGAGGGAGCUCUUCCCGGAGACUUCUGUUGAUGACUAUUCAUAUCCUGAGAAUGGAACUCUCCCGGAUGAUCCCUUGAUCAUUGAGUCAUCAAUCAUUGCAGUCGUCAAUCCUUACUAUUUGCUUCAAAAUACCGUCUCCGCAAACGCGGAAGCCGCUGCUGGCAACGCCACGAUCAACAGCCACAGCAUUGCGGUUGGUGGGUUGGGAUCGGAUUCAUACGCUGGAUUGAUCUUCUGGGAUGCAGAGACAUUCAUGCAGCCAGGUCUUGUACCAACAUUCCCGUCGACGGGUAGAUCAUUCGCCAACUACCGAGUGGAACGCUAUGGGCAAGCACAGGCCAACAUCGAAACGGCGUACCAAUCAUCGAAAAACAAUACAAACUUCACUUCCAACAGCGCAAUCUUUCCAUGGACCAGUGGCCGCUAUGGCAAUUGCACAGCCUCAGGUCCUUGCUGGGAUUACCAAUAUCAUCUUAAUGGCGAUAUCGGACAGUCUUUCAGUAAUUACUGGCUCACUUCGGGAGAUACGGAGUACUUUGAAGAGUCACUAUUCCCAAUAUAUGAUUCUAUCGGGUAUCUAUACUCGGAGAUCCUUGUUCGGAACGGUGGCAGCUGGACGGUCGAAAACAUGACCGACCCGGAUGAGUAUGCAAAUCACAUCGACAACGGAGGCUUCACACUGGCGUCGGUUUCCAACCAUCUCAACUAUGCGAAUCAAUUCCGCUCGUACUUCAACACUACUCCGAACGAGACCUGGACGGAACAAGCGCAGAACGUACUUUUCUCCACGGAUGUUGAGGCCAACAUCGUUCUUGAAUACCCCGAAAUGAACGGCAGCACCAGCGUCAAGCAAGCCGAUAUCAUCCUCAUCACAUAUCCUCUCUCUUACACAGGCCAAAACUAUACCGCUGAACGCUCGCUUUCUGAUCUCGACUACUACGCUGCGAAGCAAUCGAUCGACGGACCAGCUAUGACCUGGGCGAUAUUCAGCAUCAUCGCCAAUCAAGUUUCUCCAUCGGGCUGCUCGGCAUACACCUAUCAACAAUACUCAUACUCCCCAUACGUGCGAGCUCCAUGGUUCCAAUUCUCCGAACAACUGACCGACAACUGGAACGACAACGGCGGGACACACCCAGCAUAUCCGUUCUUGACCGGACACGGCGGCGCAAAUCAAGUCUUGCUGUUUGGCUAUCUCGGUCUUCGACUGAUCCCAGGCUUCACACUGCACAUCGACCCGGCACUGCCGCCUCAGAUCCCACAGCUCCGUUACCGCACAUUCCACUGGCACGGCCACCCGAUCACGGCUUUCUCCAACCAGACACACACCAUUCUCAGCCGCAACGCAAGCAUCACCCCGGCCGAGGGCGCCUCACCCAACAGCACCUUCGCCACAUCCCCUAUCCCGAUCAUCGUCGGCGGCCUAGGCAGCGCCUCGUCCGCGAACUACUCGCUCGCGCCAAACUCGAGCAUCACAAUCCCGAACCGGCUCUACAGCCAGCUGCGCACGACCGCAGACAACCUAGCACAAUGCGUCGCCGCGACGAGCCCGGACGAGUUUCUCCCUGGCCAAUUCCCGAUCGGUGCAGUCGACGGCGCCGCCUCGACGAAAUGGCAGCCGAGCCUCGCGAACGAAACGGCCAGCCUGACGGUGAGCCUGGAGCCGGGCCACCGCGUGCGCGCCCUCGAGUUCGACUGGGGCCAGGCCCCGCCCUACAACUACAGCGUGUACUUCCACAACGUGACGCUGGACGACCCGUCGGCCGCGGACCUCAAUGCCACCGCCGGCAACGACAUCGUGCAGGUCGUCAGCCAGCGCGUCGAGAUCACAAAGCCGUACGAUGCCCAGGCCAUCCUGGAGAUCGAGGCCGUGCAGGCGAACAUCACGACGUUCAAUGUCUCGAGUGGUGGUGGUGGUUCUCAGGCAUUGUAUACGAGUCGCUUCGCGACGCUGCAGAUCUGGGGCAGUCUGGCGAAUUCGUCGACCAACGCGACCAAUAUGUUUGGUGAUGGUGCCACGGUUGCCGAGUUCAAUGUCAUUGUGGAUGGACUGGACCCCGACUUGAAUGCUGCUGCUUCGGGCAAUGGUAGUAGUUCGAGCACGAGGAAGAGAGAUCUCAGUGGAAGGUUUGGGCAGGGACAUGGGCAGGGACAGUUGAGGGACGUGGAUAUGGAGUUUUUGAGGAAGUUGGGAAGGGUCAGAGGUCGUAGGUCCUAG